AUGGCGUCAACUACUCUGAUGACAUUUCUUCUUUAUACUCCACCGAGUACAAAAUCAGUAAAAUUACUGGGCUCGUGGGAUAAUUUCUCUCGGCCGUAUAUAAUGGAGAGGGACCGGAGAGUCGGCCCCGACCACUGGAGAGGAUGCCAUACUUUCACAAACAUCAUAUGCGACGGAUCACCCAGCAACGUGUCACAAGGGCGGGAUGGCGGCCUAAAAAUGGGGGGGACUUAUUGGUACUAUUAUAUAUUAGAUGACGACAGGGAGUUCUAUAACGAGGCAGAGCCGGUGACAACCAUGUGCCCCCUUCUGCCGGGUCAACCGGUGAACGUUCUCCAUGUCCCCAUCGUCCUCCCAGAUAACAGAUGUUAUCGCCGUGGGAGCAGUGCUAGUUCUGAGAAGUGGGAGGACUACCGGACUAUGAAGCCCGAAGACAAGUAUAUGAACCCUAGGCAACCACCCAAGCCGAAACCCAUACUUCGUUUGAAGACUUCUCCUUCGCUGUUCAAUCAUCCCAAUCCCUCGUGGCCAUUUAAUGGCGAUAUCUACUCGUCGGAAGAGUUUGUCCACAGCAGAAUUUCACAGUCUUCAAAUGCGACAGGCCGUUCUAAAAGACGGAGGAGGGGCUUCAAAACUGCCCGCUCUGCUUCGCCUCCCAGGUCUAGGGGUCUUAGAGCCGCAUUUAGGUAUUUGAAUGGUAAUUCCCCUGAACGCGGUGCUGUUGGCCGCAAAGGUGGAGGCACUAUGGCACAUGAUGAUUCUACAACGCGACAGAUGGGGACUCAGCAAGAAGGGUGGCGCUCUAUGCCUCAUUCGACUGAGAACGUCGUAUUCGAGAUGCCCGUGCCAGAAGCAGACAGUCGAGAUGGGAAUGGACACGUUCUCCGUUGGCCAGUAUGCGGCGUAGAGGAUCGAUCCGUGUCUAUCCCAAUACAGGAUCGUCGAGCUGCUACAAAGUCGCGGGAUUCCUCCCCAGAAAAGAAAUACCUGACUCUGGAUAGGUCCCCGAAAAGCGGCCUGUCCGGUCUUAAGUUGGAGACCCCUACGCUUCCAAAGCAGAAUCCGCAAAUAUCGCCCGCUCAUGCCGAGCAGUCAACUAUUUCGAAGGAAGAAACAACCCCAAAGCCGCCUGAUUUCAAGUUCAAGAGGCUUCCCACGCUGCCCAACAGCCCAUCCUCGGUCAUGGAAGAGGCCUUGAAUGCCAUCGAGGCUCAAUAUAGAGCGAUUGACAUGGAAGCCCUAUGCAGCCGCUUCUCUAGCUUUACUAUGACAGCUAAACCGGACGCCAACGAAGCUCCAUGCCAAGUAAGUCGGUUUUCCGAAUGGAGCACGGACACAGAAGCCCUCUCCCCAGACUCCAUGGUAUCAUCCUCGACAUUAAAUAAUGACAAGCAAACUUCUCCCGCCUCUGUCGGAAUGUCCCAACCCGCUACUCCCCGCUUGACAGCAGAUUCUGAAUUCUCUUCCGUCUCUGUCUCUGAUGACUCUAAAUUCUCUUACCUGUCUCUUCCUCGUCUUUCACUCACGCUUUCCUCGCCAACUCUCGAUCUACCUUGGCUCUCCACUAAUGAUGUGGAAUUUGAUCGUAUGGAGACCAAUCCCAAACGGCACGCAGCUCUUUUCGAAGCGAUGGAGUCUUGGGCGAUCCUGGAUAUGCCAUGCAGUCCCGAUUCCUCUUCCACCUUCGUUUCACCAGAGAAUUCCGGACAACGGAAUAGCUCUGAUAUGUCACGAAACAUUACUGCCACUCGCCAGUCGUGCGAGGGCUCGGGGAAGACCCCAUUCCCUCGGCAGGCUUCAAUGAUCCAGGAAAUGAUAGAUGAAUUAGGUUACUUGAGAAGUAUGAUUGAAUCUGGCAUUGAUGGAUUUUGA